AUGGCGAUGGCUUCACUCAACGAAAAGUCACCUGCCGUGGCUGAGGGCCCUGCCGACGCCCGCGAAGAAAGCCGGGAGACAUCCUCCGAUGGCCCGUGGAUUCGCUUCAUGACGGCGCUCCGCUGGUACUCCAAGGACACGCCCAGCGAGGAAAAGAAACUCGUACUGCGUCUGGACUUGCUGAUCCUCGUCUUUGGCUGCCUGUGCUUCUUCACAAAGUACCUCGACCAAUCCUCCCUCACCAAUGCCUACGUCAGCGGCAUGAAGGAGGACCUCAACCUCCAGGGCAAUGAGCUCAACUACAUGACCAUUGUCUUCUGGUCUUCGUACUGCACCUCCAUGAUCCCCGCGUGCUACUACCUCACCCGCUACCCCAUCAACGUCGUCCUGCCCGUCCUCGAGGUCGGCUGGGGCCUGUCGACCUUUGGCCUCGCGUGGGCGCGCAACGUCGAGACAAUCUACGCCAUGCGCUUCUUCACGGGCCUCUUUGAAUCCUCCUCCUUCACCGGCAUCAUCUACAUCAUCGGCUCCUGGUACAAGCCCGCAGAGAUUGGCCGCCGCGUCGCCCUCUUCUACGUCGCCGCGCCCCUAGGGACUAUGUUCGCGGGCUACCUCCAGGCCGCCGCCUACACGAACCUGCACCUCGUCCACGGCCUCGCCGGCUGGCGCUGGCUCUUUAUCGUCGACGCCGUCAUCACGAUCCCCAUCGCCCUCGUCGGCUUCUUCGUCUUCCCCGAUGUGCCGGCGCGCUCGAGGCCGAGGCUGCUCCCGCCGCGCCUCUACGCCGUUGCGCAGGAGCGCCUGCGGGGCCUGACGGCGCCGCCGCAGCUCAGGGUCGCGCGGGACAUUUUCAAGCGCGUCUUCACGCGCUGGCACUGGUACCUCUUUGUCGCGCAGUGGACCAUCAUGAACGAGAACCUGCAGCCUAGCGGGUCCCCCUUUUCGCUCUACCUCAAGGCCUUCUCCGAGACCUACUCGGUGACGCGGAUCAACACCCUGCCGACCGUCGCGACGGCCAUCUCCGUCGUCACCGCCUUUGCUGCGGGCGCCGUGGCCGAUCGCACCGGCUGGUUUGCGGGGUUAUCCGUCGCCGCCACGGUGCCGUCGCUCAUCGGGGUGAUUCUGCUCGUGGUGUGGGACGUCGGUGAGGGCGGUCGUCUGGCGGCCUUUAUGCUCAACGGUUUCGAGGGUGCGAUUCCCUCGCUGACGAUGGCGUGGGCUACGAUUACCAUGGCGGGGGACGCCGAGGAGCGUGCCAUUGUGACGGCAUCGAUGAAUGCCAUUGGGCAGGCUAUUGUCGCCUGGGCGCAGCUGCUGCAGUUCCCUGCUGUCGAGGCGCCGUACUUCCGGCGCGGGUUCAGGAGUGUCGUGGCGACGAUGGUGGUGCAGUUCUUCAUCACUGGCGCGAUUUGGUUCUUGGUGAGGAGGGAUCGCAGGAGGAAGCAGUGCGAGGAUACGAACGGGCCGAUCCAGGCGGAGGGGAAACAGGAAGGGGUCUAG